AAGCCAAGAGGAAGCGUUCCGAACCACAUUCAUAGCAGAAGCGGAAGAUUUCUCGUUCUCGACCUUCAUCUUCUCGCGUUUUAUAUUACACCGUCCCAAGAAAGGUCUUUCAGCAAUGUCGGGCAGAGGAGGAGAUGCGUACCCGGUUAAGGUGGUGAUCAUAAACACUCAGCACAUCGAAACCGACGCGGCCAGCUUCAAAUCCGUUGUCCAGAAGCUGACCGGCAAGGAUUCCACGGUUGCCGUUUCGCCAAAGUCAGCGGACAACCUCUUCCACCGCUCUUCUGAAGGAGGCGGACAAAGAGCCAUCCCGGAGCGGAGCCGUUUUGAGACGGUUCAGCGAACAAAUGCGUCGCUGUGCAGGGACGAAUCGUUCAACAGGUUGAUGAAGGAGAUGCCUUCUGUGGAUGAUGAGCUGCACCAGCUAUGGCUGUGGGCUCAAUCCUAGUUUUCGCUUAUGCAUACGAAUUUUAGUUCAGACAUCGUGUAUUCUUACUCCUUUUUUUGUAAUAAAAAGGUUGAGAUUUACAGUAUCAUUUUAUCC